AUGGAACUCAAGGCAGCUGGCCGAAGUGUUGCCAUCAUUAUUGGAAAAUCAGAGGAUGAGAUCUUUAAAAUUGCUGAACUUUUAUCACAAUUAAAUCAUAAAAAAGAAAUCCUUGUUGAUGCUUUCACUCAAGUUGCAAAUGCUCUUAGAUACGCAGCAAGAGCAUGUGAUGAAUUUCAUAAUACUGCUAGUAUUUCACGACGCAUGCAUCAUAGUAAUGUUCAUAACCAACAUCAAUCAACAGGAGGAGGAGGAAAUCAAGUACGAAAAUUUAAAAGAAAUCAAUUAAAAGAUCCUAAUGCGCCGAAAAGACCAAAUACUGCAUAUAUUUUGUUUAGCAAUGAAAUUCGUCCAGAGACUAAAGAUGCUAAUCCAAAAGCAAAUCAAAAAGAAAUAGUCACUAUGAUUGGUCAAAAAUGGAAAGCUCUUUCUAGUGAACAAAAAAAGGUAUAUGAAGAUCGUUAUUCGGCUGAUAAAGAAAGAUAUGACGAAGAACUUCGUGCUUAUAGAGCAGGUCAUCAUGCUGAUUCACCAGUUUCAAUAACAUCAAAUGAAGAUAAUGGUGGUUCUUCUAGUAAUAGCAGUAACACGUUUAUACCAGUACAAAUGAUGGCUCAAAAUCAUAAUGUUGUUGGAAGAGUGCAAAUUCCAACUUCAGUAGCUCCACCAUCACAUUCUUCCAAUGCCACCACAACCACAACAACUGCUACUACACAAUUCUUAGACCCUCAAUUAUAUUCAAUGCAAGACGUAUUAACUAAUAAAAAAUCUGGUAACACGGUCUCUUUUGAAAAUGUACAGCAACAACAAGAAGAAGCGAAUUCUUCUAGAAAAAAUACUUCCAGAGCAAAUAAACGUACAAUAUCUGGUAUUAGGAAAGAUGAUAAUCCAGAUGAAAACGUGACAGAGGAUGGACUAUCUACAAAGAAAACUCGUUCUGCAACUGCUAAAGGUGAUGAUUCUCUAAAUGAUAAUGAUUAUAAUGAUGAAGCUAUAACAAUUGUGGUGCAAGAUGAUUCUUCUUCAAAUAAAAAACAAAGACCUAAACGUGGUUCUGGUGGUAACAACGUUUCUUCUACAAAUGGAUCUAAAUCUAAUACUGCUACUCAACAAGUUAAUACUAUUGCUCCAUCAACAACACAAAUUACUACUCGUAGUACUAGACAAAAUCUUCGUUGA